GUGCGGGAGAUAGAGAGAAACGGGAUAUCUGCUGACGGUUGCUUCGGUUACAAUGCGUUGACCAUCUUCAUCCUCCAGCUUCCGACUGUGUAAGUGGUGGCAGGAGGGUGUCCCUAACCCUUAUCACAGCAACCCCCAACCCCGCCAUGCCCCACCAUAUCUUUCACUCGAAAGCUUGUCUCGAACAACCUGCACCCAACAUACCACCACAACUAGCACAAUGUCCUCACCAGAAGCCGCCGCCAUGGAGGAGUCCCUCGAGCAGAUGCAGGCGCGGCACAGAAAGGAGCAACGCGAUCUCCAAUCGCGCGUCACCAGCAAAAAGAAGAACGCGACCAAGAAGACGCGCAAGUUUGUCAACGACGAGUGCGCCGAGCUCGAGCGCCAGCUCAAGGAGCGGCAGGGGGAGGAACUGCGCAAACUCUCGGGCGAAGCCGACGACGACGACGAUGAAGACAACAACGAAGACAACGAGCCAUCACAACCACCCCCCAUCACCACCACCACAACAACAACAACAACCACCGACGACCUCGCCCACACCCUCGCCACCACAACCCUCUCCCAACAACCCCCCUCAAAACCCCAAUCCCAACCCCAGAACCAACAACAACCCCCCCAACAACAACCAAAACGCAACCGCCAAAAAGAGCGUCUCGCCCGCCGCGCCGCCGAGCAAGAAGCCGCCGCGGCCCAGGCCGCCGCCGAGGCCGCCGCGAUGCCCGACCGGCGCGAGCUAGAGCGGCGCGCCAUGCAGCGUGCGUUUGAGGCCCACGCGCUGCGCGAGCACGAGAUCGCGCCGGAUGGGCACUGUCUGUUCUCGGCGGUGGCGGAUCAGUUGAGGGUUAAUGGGGUUGAGUUGGUGAAAGGGGAAGGGAAGGGGGGGGAGGUGGUGGGGGGGUUGGGGUUGGAGCCGAAGGUGGUGGUGGGGGUGGUGCCGAAGGUUGGGGGGGUGGUGCCCGUGCCGGAGUAUAGGGUGGUGAGGGGGGCGGCGGCGGAUUGGAUUGCCGGGCAUGGGGAGGCGUAUGCGGGGUUCUUGGAGGAGGGGGUGGAGGGGUAUGUUGGGAAGGUUAGGGAUACGGCGGAGUGGGGGGGGGAGUUGGAACUGAGCGCGCUGGCGAAUGCGUAUGGGGUGGAGAUUCGCGUUGUGCAGGGGGAGGGGAGGGUCGAGGUGGUCAAGCCGGAUGUUGUUGGUGUUGGUGUUGGGGACGGAAAGGGGGAGGGGGAGGGUGCUGCGAAGGGGGAGGGAGAGGCGAAGACGUUGUGGUUGGCGUAUUAUCGGCAUGGGUAUGGGUUGGGGGAGCAUUAUAAUUCUUUGAGAAAGGCCGAGGCGGCGUAGGGGGAGGGGUUGUGGGUGAGGUGAAGAUGGGGAUGCCGAUUUUUAGGUUGGCUGUUUGGGGUUAUGUGUGUACCUCCUGAGUUGUCCGAAGCUCAUUGCAUGCGCGGGAUCGGUGUGUCAACUCAACGCUGCUAGACUCACGAGUGAUAGAUGGAACGGUGGGGGAAACCAUGGGGCUGUUAGAAGUGUAUAUAUCCGUAGAGACUACCUACCUGUCACACCUUGACAGCAUUGCCGUUUAGAACUUACCUAUUUAUCGAGGUGUAAGUUUUACCCUUCAUA